AUGUCUUCAACUGACGAUGUGCAUCCAUUACAUCGUUCUGCUGAAAUUGAAGAUUUAAGUCAUAUAACAAAAGUAGAUGAAAUUAACAUUAAAUAUGAAUCAUUGAAAACUGAACCAGAUAAUUUAAAAACAACGACAAAUUUACAUCGCAGCGAAGAAAUGGAAGAUUUGUCUCAUUUAUCAUCGAAAGAUAUGAAUAAACCGUUAAAUACCGAUGAUCCAUUACGUACUAAGGCAACAUCUACUGCGGAAUCUACUCACAGUGAUCUACAUCAUCAACCGUUAGCGUCAACAUUUGGUUCAACAUCAAAAAUUUCUCAAGAACAGCAGCAGCAAUUUCCGCUUAAUCGCUCCUCGGAAAUGGAAGAUAUUCAAACUAAAAUUCCCGAAGAAAGUGAUCAGUUAAAUUUAUCACCAUCGAAAAAUGAACAACGCAAAUUAACCAAAUGCAACACUGUUAUUGGUGAUAGUUCAAAAUAUAAUUAG